AUGGGCGCGCUCCGCCCACCGCACGGCUAUGUCCCACCCGCCCACCCGCGGCGGCGCACGCCCACGCGGAGCGACGCGGGCGAGCUCAAGUAUCCGCCGACGCCGUCCGGCCGCGGGGGCGGGGAGCGGGGACGCUCCUCCCCGCUCGUCUCCAUCACCGUCGCCGUCACCGACCACCAUCCACCCCGCGCUGGCGGCGCCGCCCGCCACAGGCCCGUCGUCAGCAGCGACGUCGUCGACGCUGACGUCGACCGGCGAACCUCUCAGUCACCAGCCUGCAAAGGUCGUCUACUCACCGACAACGGGCGCCGACUCUCUGCCGAGCACGUCGGGGCGGGGGUGCUGCUUGUCGGCCCGAUCCACGAGGGGAUGGAGAUGAAGACGCGGCACAAGCGCCUCACGAGCACAAGCACCGCUUUGCAUCCAGCGCCGCCAGCCGUGCGACUUCCCGCGGCCUCCGCCCUCGGCAGCGUCCCGCGCGGCCAUCCCCCUGCCCCACCAUGGUCCCUGAACCAGGGGCCGCUCGACCUGAAGAACAGGGGGAAGGGCAAGGCUCGCGCGGCCUCCACGACCCAGGCACGGACGCCUGAGACGCACGUCAAGACGGAGCUGAAGAAGGAGGACAAGGUGUGA